AUGGAUAGCAUAAAAAAGGAUCUUCAAGAGGCCUCAGAUGCAAAUUCUGAUUUUGAGAUAACGCAAAAAAAAGGCCCAAGAUCCUUGGCAGAGAAUUUGCACGUAAAGAAGACAAAGCAGUUCGCCGAAAAUAAUGCGACUCAAAUCAUGGGUGACAAUAUAACUUUAAGAACAAAAAAGGACGACCAAAACCACUCAUCUAAGACAGACGAUUACUUUCCUUUGCGUGAUGACAUUUCUUGUCAAUUUAUUACAAUGAUUCCAAGCCUUCCUAUCAAACCACCACUACGACCAGACUUCGCCGCCAGAAAUGAUGAGAAUGAAUUUCCAGCAUUAGUAGACAACGAAGAAGAAGAAAUUCAUCCGUUGGAUGGUCAAGGAAAAAUUAGAUGCAAUAGAAAGGGUAACAUUGAGUUUUCCGUUGUCGAACUUGAAUUCAUGGAAGAAGAUUACAAGACCAUCCUACAAGAUCCUGACUUGGAAGAAGAGGGUAAUAUUCAUUUUAUGCUUAGAUGGUUCGAAAUGACCCAACAAGGCGUAUAA